UAUAAGCUUGCUUGAAAUCUCUUUGCAUUACAGCAACUCCAAUAUGAAGCACAUUUUAGCUUUCUUUUGCUUUUCAUGGCUUCUUUUUCUAUUGGUUACCCCAAGCUUGGGGCAGCCGUUCAAGGCAGUAAAUCUUGGUGCUUGGCUUGUGUCUGAGGGCUGGAUGACACCUUGGCUCUUUGAUAACAUUGUUAACAAAGAUCUUCUGGAUGGAACUCAAAUCCAACUGAAGUCGACGAUGCUGAGUCAAUAUGUUGCUGCAGAGAAUGGUGGGGGUACAAAUUUGCUUGCAAACCGCGACAACCCAUCUGGUUGGGAAAUUUUUACUAGAGUGAAUGACACUUUCUUCAACCUGAAAGUUUUUAACAAACAGUUCGUUGGGAAGUCUAACCAAGGAAGUAAUGCAGUUGCAGUAGCAACAACCCCUGGUGAUACUGAAACCUUUCCAAUUAUAAGAAAUGGCGAUGAUCCAUCUAAAGUUCUCCUUAAAGCUUCCAGUGACCAAUUUCUACAGGCAAAAUCAGGAUCUUCGGUGACAAUAGAUUAUCAAGGCAGUACUGACUGGUCGGACCAAAAUCCUUACAUAUUUAAGAUGAGCAUUGUUUCUUCCUUAAGUGGAGAAUACCAAUUAACAAAUGGAUAUGGCCCAGAUAAAGCUCCCCAAGUUAUUCAGAACCAUUGGAACACUUAUAUUAAGGAAGACGAUUUUAUAUUCAUGUCCCAAAAUGGGAUUAAUGCGGUUAGAAUUCCAGUAGGAUGGUGGAUCAAAUAUGAUCAGACACCACCAAAACCAUUUGUUGGAGGUUCACUUCAAGCUUUAGAUAAUGAUUUUAAUUGGGCUGAAAAACACAAUAUAAAGGUUAUAAUAGACCUUCAUGCAGUUCUAGGAUCACAAAAUGGGAACGACCAUAGUGCAACUAGAGAUGGAUCUGCAGAGUGGGGAGAUUCCAAAAUUGGGGAAACAGUUGAAGUCAUAGACUUCUUAACGAAAAGGUAUGCUAAUAGGCCAGGUCUUGUAGCAAUAGAACUGAUGAACGAGCCUCAUGCACAAUAUGUUCCUUUGAAUACCCUAAUCAAGUACUACCAAGCUGGUUAUGACGCAGUGAGGAAGUAUAAUAGUACUGCCUAUGUGAUCUUAUCGAAUAGAUUGGGUAAUGCAAAGAACACAGAGCUCCUUUCGUUUGCUCAUGGUCUUCCUCGCUCGGUUAUAGACGUCCAUUACUACAAUCUCUACUCAGACGAAUUUAACGUACAACAGAACAUCGACUACAUAUACAACCAACGGGCAUCAACACUCGGAGAAAUUACUCAAUCUAAUGGCCCCUUAACCUUUGUAGGAGAAUGGGUUAACGAGUUUGCGAAUGGGAUUAAAUCAAACCAAGAUUAUCAGAACUUUGGCAAAGUACAGUUAGAUGUGUAUGGAAGAUCAACCUUUGGAUGGGCAUAUUGGUCAUACAAGUGUCAAUAUGAUCAUUGGAGUCUAAGGAAUAUGAUUGAGAAGGGAAUCAUAAACCUCAAAUGAAGAAAGCUAAGUCUUGCUUGGUCCUUUAGGACUAUAUAUGCUAAACUAGUCCUUGGACAAGUGCAUUGCACGUGUAUCCUGCUAAUUAGUAGAUCAUGUUAUAAUUUGUAGUUGUCCACAUUAAAAGUCUUUCACCUUUUAUCUUUUGAUUAAAACUGGUAUAACCUUUUCUCUUUUUUAUUAAAACUCACGUUUUUGUUUACCAA